AUGACAGGCCCUUCUUUGGGGGCCUACGGUAAUGGCUAUGCAGCCAGCACGGGCAGUGGUCGAAAUGGCUACACCGCCUACACGAACGGAUAUGCCAAUGGCUUCUCGUACUCCGGACUCCCCAACACGGGUGACACCUACUCCGGUGGCGCGGUUUCCUAUGGUCCUCCACCCAGCAGAUGUGGAGCUUGCGGUCCCGAGUUUGGAGGCGUCGGGUCAUUGAAUCCGUUCGCCUUCCCCAGCAUUGGAAGUUUCGUGGCGGAGCCCUUCGCCCCUGGUGCACCUUCGCUGAGCUCAGCGAGGAUGCCGCCAGCGCCGAUCCCCCCUCCGCUGCCGAGCUUUUCAGGAGCCAUCACUGUAUGGUUUUUGUGCGUAUGGUCUCUUGUGAUUGCUAUCUUCGUUACUAGUGCCGCACUACCCUGA